AUGGCCUGCUACGACCUCUGCCGUCCCUGCGGACCCACCCCGCUGGCCAACAGCUGCAACGAGCCCUGUGCCCUGCAAUGCCAGAACUCCAGGGUCAUUAUUGACCCUUCCCCUGUGCUGGUCACCCUACCUGGACCCAUCAUGACCUCCUUCCCCCAGAGCACCGUUGUGGGAUCCACCUCCUCAGCUGCUGUUGGCAGUGAACUCAAUGCCCAGGGACAGCCUAUCUCUGGUGGAUUUGGCUUUGGCCUUGGCUAUGGGCUGGGAGGCCUGGGCUGCUAUGGCAGAAGGGGUGGCUAUGGCUUUGGCCUUGGCUAUGGGCUGGGAGGCCUGGGCUGCUAUGGCAGAAGGGGUGGCUACAUCUGCUAA